AUGGUGGGAUUGCCCAAACCCACAAUGACAGAGCAAUAUUUCAGUGCCAAUAAUCCCUGCAAAGCAACCACAUUUUUUUCUGGGAUCCCUACAAUUGACCUGAAAAUCCCCCAAGCCAAGAGCCUCAUGGUAAAAGCAUGCGAAGACCUUGGCUGCUUCAAGCUCACCAACCAUGGAGUCCCCAUGGAAGCCAUUUCUGAACUCGAGUCUCAAGCUGUGGAUUUCUUCUCUCUCCCUCUUACCCUCAAACAGAGAGCCGGAGUUCCCAAUCCAUUCGGCUAUGGCAACAAACAUAUCGGUCGAAACGGCGACGUUGGGUGGGUGGAAUACCUUCUUCUCACAACAAACCCAGAUUAUAACUCUCUCAGACUCUCCCCUGUUUUUGGCACAAACACAGAGAAAAUCCAACGUGCGUUGAAUAAUUAUAUAUCGUAUGUGAGGAAAAUGGUGUGUGAGGUUCUGGAAUUGGUGGCUGAAGGACUGGAGAUCGAGCCCAGGAAUGUGUGGAGCAAGAUGGUGAUGAACGAACAGAGUGACUCUGUUUUCAGGUUGAAUCAUUAUCCUCCAUGUCCAGAGCUUGCAGGCUCCAACAAUGGCGGAAACGUGGUGGGGUUUGGAGAGCACACAGACCCACAGAUAAUUUCUGUGCUGAGAUCUAAUAACGCUUCAGGAUUUCAAAUAUGUCUAGGAGAUGGAACUUGGGUUUCUGUGCCACCUGAUGAAUCCUCCUUCUUCAUCAAUGUUGGUGAUUCUCUACAGGUGAUGACAAAUGGAAGGUUGAAGAGUGCAAGGCAUAGGGUUAUGGCAAAUGGGUUGAAAUCAAGAGUUUCUAUGAUAUUGUUUAAUGGUCCACCCUUGAGUGAGAGAAUAGCUCCGUUGCCUUCUCUUAUCAAACAAUCCAAUCAACAAAGCCUUUACAAGGAAUUCUCUUGGUUUGAAUACAAGCAAUCAGCCUAUGCUUCAAGAUUGUCUGAUAAUAGGCUUGCCCAAUUUGAGAUAACUCCUUCUCGUAAACUAUUUUAA